AUGUCAUAUUUGUGAAAAGGUUUCGGAUUGAAGUUACAACUCUAGGAACGUAUUAAUUAUUAUCUGCGAAUAAAGCGAUUUCUUACAAAACUUAGCUGUUCUCUAUAAAAAAAAAUGCAUUAGUCCAAAGUGCAUGGUUUAAUAACGCGGUGAUAGGGACAAUUUAUUUGAUUUACAUUUAUAUAUUGUUUUUGAUCUAUAUGUCAUACGUUUCACUUAACGCACUUUAUUUUAUCAACUUUUCUUUAUCAAGUUUUGUCUGAUUUGUAGGGCAUUGACACGUUGGUCGUGUUAUAUUCUCUGACAAUAUCGUCACUGUGUUAAUACGUGGACUAACGUUCGAUGAUUUUUGGUUAUAUACUUGUCGUAUGUUUCCUAACUGAUUUAAGUUAUGGGAACAUAGAAUGUCUAUAUUGCAGCAGUGUAGAGAAUGCUACGGAGUGUCAACAGUUUAUGACAUGCGAGAGUGAUGAGAUUUGUUACCAACACAAAUAUGUGAACGGAGCAGGAUCAGUCUUGUAUGAUUAUGGAUGUUCAUCUCAGCCUACGUGUAGACGCAUAAAUACAGCUCCUAUCAUAGGAAGACGGGACGAAGGCCACCAUAUAAAGUGUACAAGUUGUUGUAGUCACGGUGCAUUAUGCAAUCGUUAUUUAAUGUGCGACAAAACGACAAACAACGGGAGUGUUUUACCAAGAGAAUGCUCGGAAAUAAAGGGAGAUAAUCUAACAAGUGGUGUAUAUAAUAUUUACCCUAAUGCGACAGCAGCUGCUGUACAGGUUUAUUGUGACAUGGAAACAAAAAACGGAUCUUGGACGGUUUAA